AUGUCUGCAUCCUCCCAAACAGUACCGAAUUUCGCAACCGCUUGGCUUGCUCCUCCUGAAGGUCUUCUACCCCCAAGCCAGAAGAUCAAACUCGAACCAGUUUCCCUCACCAUCAGCGGAGUCCUUGCCCUCGCGCUCGUUGUUGUCACUUUGCUACUCUGGAACAGAAAGCACAUGCCAGUCUUCAUGGGCGACCGCAUUAAAGAGCCUGAGGAAGCAGAUGUCCAGCAGCACAUAGUAAGAGUAAGAAGUGACAAAGAAAUUCGGACGCCCACUUCUAUAAGCUCUAAAUUGAGUGGGCAUCCAUCAGUGUAUCGAAGUCCACGAGUUGACGCACAUGCUAUACAAUCGAGCAUGAAUCACGAUGUCCAACGGCUGGCUCUCGCGCAUCACAAAAUCCCGAAAGAUGAAGACGAGGCCUCAGAUUUCUUCAACUACGAGUCCACUCACGCGUCUGCUAUUUGGUCGAAUGAUCUCUCUAUCAACAAUCUCUAUCAGAGUCGUAGGACUCAAAUUCCUUCAAACGUUGAUACAGACUCACAAUACGAAGACUCCUUUGCGCCUAGUACGUUCGUUAUGAUGAGUCGGAGCCAGACAGGUGAUAACUACUAA